AUGUCGUCACCUAUCUAUUUGACACCGUCUGAUAGCGAUUCAGACGUGGCGGCCAGCCUGUUAUCAUCGCCUGAUUACACGGCGGAGGAUAAUGCGAAAGAAUAUCCAGGAUUCAGCAUGGCCUUACAAGCAAAUGGCACUACUAAUCUUCGUACCCCCUCCCCCGUUGAGGAAUUGAACCAAAAAAAGCGAAAACGUGAAGAUCUAGAAUGGAGCCACCGUAAAGCCCAAAUUCCGACGAAUGGGUAUGGAUUGACAAAGGAGGAAAUGAAGACAUACACAGAGAGUUCAGACAAAUUUGAGAACAUUCUGGCAGCUCAUGCUGCUUCAGGUGUCAUUCCCCACGCAGUAGACUUCAGGAUAUCGCUUGCAGACCACACAAGAUGCCUCAGCGUUCGCGAUUCCAACAGCGGAAAGCUGCCAAAGGGCGAAUCAAUUUUGACAUCUCUCGAAUUCAUCGAGCGUUGGAUUCGUCUGACACCACCAGUCUUCUGCAACGCACAAUCUCCAACAGUUCAAAAGUGGAAUGAGGAAAUGAAGGAACAAGAUUUCGCAAUGAGAGAGAGCUCGAAGUGGGGUCCGCUCUACAGAAUGUACGAGGACUGGAUUGUAGAUCAGACUAACUUCUACGAGCCCAGACAUGACUCACUUGACAGUCUUGAUUUUGAUUUUGGUUAG